AUGAAUUUUAAAAAAAAUAAAAGACAAGACAAAAAAAUGCAAACUGAUUUGGUUGAGAGAAUGGAAAUAGUGAAGUCGAGGUUCAAGAGGGUUUGUGUGUUCUGUGGAAGCAGCAGCGGAAACAGAGAUUGUUACAGAGACGCCGCUAUUGAUCUAGCUCAAGAGCUGGUUGCGAGGAGACUGAAUCUUGUCUAUGGAGGAGGAAGCAUUGGUCUCAUGGGUUUGGUCUCACAAGCUGUUCAUGAAGCUGGAGGACAUGUACUAGGGAUCAUACCAAGGACUCUUAUGGACAAAGAGAUCACCGGAGAAACAUUUGGUGAGGUAAGAGCUGUGGCUGAUAUGCAUCAGAGAAAAGCUGAAAUGGCAAGCCACUCCGAUUGCUUCAUCGCAUUACCAGGUGGGUAUGGAACACUGGAGGAGUUAUUGGAAGUAAUAACGUGGGCACAACUUGGAAUCCACGACAAGCCUGUGGGUUUGUUAAAUGUGGAUGGUUAUUACAAUUACCUCCUCACUUUCAUAGAUAAAGCCGUUGAUGAUGGCUUUAUCAAGCCAUCUCAGCGUCACAUCUUUGUCUCUGCCCCUAAUGCCAAAGAGCUUGUCCAAAAACUUGAGGCAUAUGAGCCUGUGAGUGAUGGAGUCAUAGCAAAAUCUAAGUGGGAGGCUGGGAAGAAAGUGCAACAACAAGUAACUGAGAUUGCUCUUUAG